CAAAUGAGAGUGUAAAGUGUUGUGAUUGUGUGAAAAUGUGCGAAAGGAUGAUAGCAAAGUACGAGGAGGAACUUUGUCCAACAAAAGAGGAGAAGGAGCGACAACAUCAACUACUGGACGCUGUUUUCAAGAAACAUCAAGUUGUGUUACACAGAACAGACAUCCAGCAACCCCCUCACAUUAAAGAGGAAGAGGAGGAUCCACAGCCGCCCCACAUUAAAGAGGAAGAGGAGGAAGUGUGGAUCACUCAGGAGGGAGAGUGUCUUCUAGGGCAGGAGGAGGAUGAUGUCAGCAAGUUUCCACUGACUGUUGUCUCUGUGAAGACUGAAGAGCAUGAAGACAAACCACCUGAGUCCUCACAGCUUCAUCACAGUCCAAUUGUACAAACACACAGCGUGACGCCUGUGAUUCAUUCACUCAAGUAUUUCAUCACUGCAUCCUCUCAAGUUCCAAACUUCCCAGAGUAUGUGAGUGUUGGUUAUGUUGAUGAAGUUGAGAUUAGUUACUAUGACAACAACAUCAGGAAAGCAGAAUCCAAACAGGACUGGAUGAACAAAAUCACAGCAGAGGAUCCAAACUACUGGCAGAUACAAACAGAGAAGAAUGUUGUCAAUGAACAUAUCUACAAAGUCAACAUUGAAAAAGUCAUGAAGCGUUUCAACCAAACUGGAGGUGUUCACACUUUCCAGAUGAUGUCAGGAUGUGAAUGGAAUGAUGAGACUGAUGAGGUUCAAGGUUGGUAUCAGAUCAGUUAUGAUGGAGAAGAUUUCAUAUCGUUGGACAUGAAAACAUGGACAUGGACUGCAGCAAAACAACAAGCUUUCCCCUCCAAACUCAAGUUGGACCAAGAAAUACGUCAACUAGACUACUUUAAGUAUUAUUUCACUGAGCGUUGUCCUUCUUACUUGAAGAAGUAUGUGGAGUAUGGGAAGAAGGUCCUAAUGAGAACAGAGCUUCCGGAGGUGUUCCUCCUCCAGAAGACGCCAUCCUCUCCGGUCAGCUGCAUGGCGACAGGUUUCUACCCCGACCGAGCCGACUUGUUUUGGAGGAAAGACGGCGAGCAGAUCUUCGAGGACGUGGAGCACGGAGAGCUGCUCCCCAACCCCGACGGAACCUUCCAGAUGUCGGUGGAGCUGAAAGUGGAGGUGACGGCCGAGGUGGAGGGCAAGUACGAAUGUGUGUUCCAUCUGUCUGGCGUCGAGGAGGACCUGGUCACCAAGCUGGAGAGAAGAAGCAUCCUGAGCAACGCAAGCCAUGAAGGCAACGUGAGCCUCACUGCCACGCUGGCGGUCCUCGCUGUGGUGGUCCUCUUGAUCAUCAUCAUCAUCUUCAUCAUCAAGCGUCGCCGAAGCAGACAAGCCAAAUACGAUCCAGCUGCUGGUGACGCUGGUAACGAGCUCUCAGAGAGACGUGAAGGCUGAAGGCUGAGUGAGACACAGCAGUCGGCACACAGUGAGGACUUUUCUUUUUCAUGCACCUCCAAAUGUUCUUCUGACUUUGUGUGAAGAUGAUGUUCACUCUGCCACAUGCUAACAUCUGCACUUGGAUUCACCUGCUUUGCUGAGUCAUCUUCUUCCUCCAGGAUGCUUUGUGCACUGGAACACAGAGAGAUGUCUCCAUCGCUGAGGGACCUCAUCACACUUGGACAUUUAUGCACUAAUUGCUCCUCAUCUCAUCCAUCAUGUCUUCUUUGGCUCUUUAUGGCUGAGAAAAUCUGCAUUUUUCAACAAUGUUUUGCCAGUCAAUCAUGUUGAUGUUGAUCUUUGUGUCCAUGUAGUUGUGAUGUCAUCAUUUGGGGCUCAUGUGUCAUCACAUUGACAAGGAUUUCUUCUUUCCUUUUCAAACCAAUAGACAGCUGCUUAUCAAUGACAUUCACCUUGUGUCACAUGUCAUCUUUAUUUCUACUGCUAUUUUGGAACAAUAGUACCAUUUUUAAGCACUUUUGUAUGUUAAUGUUAACGGUUUGGUAAUCAAUUUUGAUGUAACAUUUAAAAAUGCUGUCCAGUUGUUAUAUCUUGUUUUCUGAUGACAUUAGUCUCAUUUGCAAUGCAGUUGCACUUCCAAGACCAUUAGAUGGCAGCACUGUAUAACUAUUUAUGCUAUGUUGUCAAACUAAAAAGUAGCUUUUUUCCAGGAAAACAAAUUUGUUAGGUUGCGCCCUACAAAGUGCCAAUACUGUGAGUAUUGUCCUCAUUACACAAAACUGUAAAAUUCUAACUAUAAUCUUAGUUGUAGUUUCCUUGACCAAAUUCAUAAGUGUUGAAAUCACCAUGUAAAAUCGCUCAUGCUAAUAGUAGCCUAUUUAUGGCAAAUCCUAUGUAAAUUAGCAUUAAGCUAGCGCAUUUUGAAAGAGUGAAGCAUUACUUUACGUUUGAGCGUUUUGUUAUGAAGCACAUUUUGUUGGUAUUGAAAAUGGCAACAUGACUUAGAGGGAGUUUGGCUGAGUCCGGCCUGAGUGCUGCUUGAGUGAUUGUUUACGUGUUUAGUCUGAAACCAGACAUGACCAGUCUGAAACCGGACAUGACGUCACAUGCAACAAAGGUAUCCAACUAUGGCACCGUUUGAUUAUACGUGAAUUGAUAGUACUGAGGGAAUUUGGUCAUUACCUGCA